UCGGGUGCUCAAAAUGAGAAUGCAAUAGACGUGAACGAACACAAGUGAGGACCUGUGCGAAUGCGACGACGAAUCACGUCAUCGAUCACGGAAAAAACAACAGGAAUUCUUUAAACUGAAAUAAAAGACAAGAAAGAUGAACGGGCUUACCGAGGUAUCGAGCCACAAGUGCUUUGGCGGCUACCAAAAGUUUUUCACACACGAGAGCUCAGAAUGCAAGGCGAAGAUGCCCUUCUCAGUCUAUAUUCCUAAGCAGGCCGAGAAAGGCAAAUGUCCAUGUCUCAUAUUUCUUGCCGGUUUGCGCGCCAACGAACAAAAUGCGGCCAUCAAAUCGGGAUUCCAGCGUUUAGCAGCCCAGUAUGGUAUGAUAGUCGCGUGCCCAGACACAAGCCCCCGUGGGUUAAACAUCGAAGGGGCGGAGGACACGUGGGAAUUUGGUAUCGGGGCUGGCUUUUACAUCGACGCCACGGAGGAAAAAUGGAGGAAACACUUCAGAAUGUACUCUUACAUCACAGAAGAGUUUCUCGAUCUCCUCGUAAAGCAUUUCAACGUCAAUCCGGAAAAAGUUGGAAUUACAGGCCACAGCAUGGGAGGACACGGUGCUAUGAUUUUUGGCCUCAAGAAUCCACAUCUCUUUAAGUCUAUAUCAGCCUUUGCUCCAAUCUGUAAUCCGUCGAUCAGUCCGUGGGGGGUGAGAGCCUUCAAGGGUUACCUUGGGAACGAUGUCAACGCAUGGAAGGAGUACGACACAUGUGAACUUGUUCCACUUUACAACGGGCCACCAAGAGAGAUCUUCCUAAGCCAAGGGACCAACGAUCCAUGGACUCCAGAUAAACAACUCCUACCAGAAAACCUGAUUGAGGUCUGCAAAGGCAGCAACAAUGUCACCCUUAACAUGGAUAUACGCGAGGGUCACGACCACAGCUACUUUUUCGUCGCUUCGUGCAUGGAGGACCACAUUAAGUUCCACAUCCAGCAAAUGGAAAUGACAUCAUAACUCGGUUGCUAUGUAAAACACUGACGAUGCAUUCCCACCAUGAAAGGAGAGAGGGAGCUUGGGGAUGAGCUCUCGAGGGUUAGCAGAAGAGAAAAUAUCAAUUUAUUUCAACUAGAUUGUGAAUAAAGGAAUGUAGAGAACUGGUGAAGUGAAAAUGCAUUUUGAAUAAUCAUUUUCAUUUAAGUGUUAAAUAAUCAUUUAAGUGAUUCAAAUCAAAUUGCAUGGACUGCGAAACGGAAAAUUGCAAUUUACAGUAAUUACAGUAUCUUGAGAUAUUAAUUCCUCGAGGUCUGUUGGAUAUGAAUGAUCGAUUUGAAAUGAAAGAGAGAUAACCUUGUUUCUUUGUAAAAGAUGAGAGCCCUGCAAGGUCUGUUGCAUAAAUAUAACUUUAUGGUAUCUUUGCAGUUUAAUUAAUGCUAACUUUUGAGGAAAUCACUGAUUUUGAUUGACUGUUCAGCAGUGGUAACAUGGUAGCUACUGCUGUUCAGGGGUCAAACAUGGGUCCUUUCUGAAAUUCCAUCAAUAUCAUUCUUCCUUCAAAUCUUUUAUAAAUCUUACACAUCCGGGCCCCAUGUCACAAAGAGAUGCGGCUGAUCUAAUCAAAGUAUGGAAAGCCAGAAGCUAAAUAUAGAAUGCAGUAUCCUUUCAAAGUGUGUGCAAAGCAAGAGAAACUUUUAAGAAUGCAGCAUGGUUUUGUUCCAGUCAGUUUGCCCCUUUUUGUUUCCAGAGAGGCAGAGCAUGAACCUCAACGAUUUUUUAUGAUUUUAAAUUUUUAAUGGCUUUCACUUAUUCGUUUUAGAUCAUCUUAACUCUAAGAUGGGCACAAUCCCUGACUCCUGAAGUUUAUUUAUUUCUAGGUUCCUAAAUGAUUUCUUUGCUUAAACAAAUACAUGCCAAGAAAGGCAGAUCAAAGCAAAAUUGAAACCAUGAACUUGAAAUUUAGUGUAUAUGCAAUCAUUUUGUUCUUUAUACAGACAGGAUUUUGUUUCUCUUUCACACAAUGGGUAUAUGUACAUGUUUUAUUUCCCCGAGAGUUUUUUGCAGGGGGGGGGGUGUCAAAUGUUUUGGCUGGAAUAUUAACAUUUUUUUUAUAAAAAAUGAAAUAGCAACCCUUUGUUUAAGAAUCAAGUGUCUAACAUUGGAGCUAUACCAUUGAGCUAGGCAUUUCUGCUGCAGCUCAACUAAUCACUUAAUCUGAAAUUGUCACGACACUUAUCUAGCUUUACCAGGGAAGUGAAUUUUUGUAUGCACUGAGUAUAUUAAAUGACUAUUUUUCAUAUAUGUCUUCUACCUCACGGUUUAUAUGAGUUUCAAAACAAAGAAUCAAUGAAAACAAUGUAUUUGGUUUCAUAAUGUUUAAUGACUCUGAAUUCACAUGUCUUCAGAUUACAUAAGAUAUCUGUAACUUUUCGUAUGAGUUAGAUUUACAAUAAACAUAUCUU